UCACCCUUCAAGCUUCAACACGGACUCUCACUAUGCAGAGGUGCAGCUCGGUCUUGUUGUGCGAGCUUGAUCUGAAAGGAUAUUAGAACCGACAACAUGUCGCCAACUACAACGCAGAACGUCCGUGUCAUUGUUCGGCUGCCGUACAAUAGACCGGCGAACCAGGAAGAUCAGAUUAUUGACCCACCAAAGGUAGAAUGGAGUCCAGAAAAAGCAGAUAUACUUUGGAAAGUGAUAGAGAAAUCGAGAGCCAGCGACGGCGGAGGGGCAGACUGGAAAGGCCUUGCCGCUCAUCUUGAAGUCCCACUGCCGUAUCUACUUUAUCGGGUGCAUGCCAGAUAUCAAGAAGAUUUGCGCGGACUGCAAGAUAUAUCCGGAGUGUCGAGUCCUAUAUCUCCUAAUGCGCCUUCCGGUACACCUUUUGGACCUUCAGGAAACCCAGCGGCACGAAGCGUUGCGGGACGAACGCCAGGUAGACUGAAUACACGGCUCUCACCUUCUCUGAGCCGUGGAAGUGGCACUACACCUUUGGGUAUACGCGCAAGGCUCAACUCACUCGGACAUCGAGAUAAUUCCUCUGUAUCCUCAUUACGCCCUAAAAAGGCGACAGCAUCUUCAUCAACCCUCACGCUACAAAGUCCCCUCGCAAGGAACCCCACGCAUCUGCAAUCAGGUUCGGAACGUCGACCCUCUCCGCCGUCGUCUGGAGAGGAUGAAAUGGAUUCAGAUGAUGACGAAAUGCUGAAAGAGGAGGAAGCUGAACGCGUUGCGGAGGAACAAGAGGCUUUAGAUAAGAAACUGGCCGAAUUACAGAAAAUGAUAACGGGGGACUCAUUGGGUCUGGUCAGCGUUGGGCGGAAGCAAGUUCGACGGAUAGGACAGCAGGGUGGAGAGUACAGUCGUGGAAGAGAUGAUCCCAACAUACCCUCGGAAACUCACCAUAACUACCAUAAACAGCGUUACAACGCUUCGUUGUCCAGCCGGAGCGCCAGUACGAGCCAGAGUGUGUCCAGUGCUAACUCGCCACAGGGCUCUUUACCCGAGAUACCUUCUCCUACACCAGAUUCAUUGCCACAAUCUCCACAGCCAAGAUCUCCGCCGUUAAGAAGACAUAUGUCACCGACCAAGUCGUUGAGUCCUCCGGCUUUGUCCCCGCGCAGUGCUUUGGGCCAAUCUCAUCGCGGACUUGGGCACGCAUCGGGUCGGUUGAAUGAACAUGAUAAGGAUGGCUCUGAAGCUUCUACAGGGAGUUUUAGUGAUAUUAGUGGUAGGCUCUCGUCCUCUUCUAUUCCGUAUAUUCUAUUGAACAAUUUGCACAGACACCAGCCUAUCUGCGAGUGCUUUGGAUAGUGCGCUAUUAUCGAAUAUUCGAGGGAACGGUUCGAAAUUGUGAGCGUCUCAUUGUUAUUUUGUUGUGACUUAUCUUACACAACCCAGCUCUGCUUUUGCUCG